AUUUCAAAACGCCCCCCACUUUUUUUUCCCCCCUCGUUGCAGAUUUGAAUAUUAAAUAAAUAUCACACCAUUCGGGGCAAGAAUAGGCUUUUUGUAAACGCGAGGACCCGGAUGACAGGAGUAUAAUGUCCUCUCCUCUCCGGCGCUGUGAGGAAGACGAGGGCAUGCUGGUCCAUUCCGAGGGAGGAGGUUUUGAUGAAGAAGACGACGACGACGACGACGGAGACCUGGACGAGAACGCAAGCGACAACAACUCUCCGGCGGCUCCUCGGGAAACUGCAACAGCAGAAGAAGAGGCCGAGGUAUCGGACAGAGAGGUCCCGUGCAGGAAGAAAGGGCGACCCAAGAAGAAGAAGGACACAAAGAAGAAAGACAAAGAGGGGAAACCGGUCAAAGCAAAAAAACGCAAGAAGAUUGACAGUGAUGUAGAGAGAGACUCAGACAGAGAAAGAGACUACGGCGAGAACUCGGACAGCGUAGCCAGCGACUAUGGCUCCGGAGAGAAAAAGAAGAAGAAGAAACAUAAAGAAAGGAAGGAGAAGAAAACCAAGAAGAAGAAAAAAGUCGACGGGGACAGCAGCCAGGAGGAAACAAUCAAGCCGAUAGAGCAGAAGACGUCGGCGCAGCUGGCGAAGGAGUGGGGUCUGGAGGAUGUUGAUCAUACCUUCACUGAGGAAGACUACAGGGAACUCACCAACUACAAAGCCUUCAGCCAGUUCAUGAGGCCGAUGAUCGCCAAGAAGAAUCCUAAAAUCCCCAUGUCAAAGAUGAUGACCAUCCUGGGGGCCAAGUGGAGGGAGUUCAGCUCUAACAACCCUUUCAAGGGCAACGCUGCUGCAGUCGCGGCGGCCGCUGCAGCUGCCGCGAUCGCCGUCGCCGAGCAGGUCUCUGCAGCGAAUGCGUCGCCCGAACCUCCGCCGCCGCCGCUGCCGCCACCGAUCAGAAAGGCCAAGACGAAAGAGGGCAAAGGCCCUGGCUUUAAAAAGCGCAGUAAAAGUCCUCGAGUCCCAGACAAGAAGAAGGCUGUAGCCAAGGCUAAAAAGAUGGCCCCCAUUCGUAUCAAACUAUCGCCUAUAGGUGCCAAGAGGAAGAAGAGUUGCUCAAGCGAGGACCUGGACGAGGACGAGUCUGAGCAGGAGGACUCCAGCGUCCACAGCUCCUCGGUGCGCUCCGACAGCUCGGGUCGCGUCAAGAAGAAACAGCGAGGGCGGCCUGCCAAAAAGAAGAAGAAAAACACAAUCCCAGGUGAAGAGGAGGGCGACGGCUACGAGACGGACCAUCAGGACUACUGCGAGGUGUGUCAGCAGGGCGGAGAGAUCAUCCUGUGCGACACUUGUCCUCGAGCUUACCACCUCGUCUGCCUGGAGCCCGAGCUGGACAAGGCCCCCGAGGGCAAGUGGAGCUGCCCGCACUGCGAAAAAGAGGGAAUCCAGUGGGAGGCAAAGGACGAGGACUUUGAGGAUUUCGAGGAGGACAGCGAGGACAGAGUGAUCUCGGAGGUCAGCCUCGGGGUCCCCGCCGGGGCCGAGGAGGAGGAUGACGACCACAUGGAGUUCUGUCGGGUCUGCAAAGACGGUGGCGAGCUGUUGUGCUGUGACACCUGCACCUCUUCCUACCACAUCCACUGUCUGAACCCGCCGCUGCCAGAGAUCCCCAACGGAGAGUGGCUGUGUCCGCGGUGCACGUGCCUGCCGAUCAAAGGGCGAGUCCAGAAGAUCCUCCACUGGCGGUGCGAUCCUCCGCCUUCCAUCCCCGUUCCCCCAGAUCCCGACGCCCCACCCGACGCCCCCCCGCCGCCACCCAUGAAGGGCAGAGCCGAGAGGGAGUUCUUUGUCAAGCUGACGGGGCAGUCCUACUGGCACUGCACCUGGAUCACUGAGCUGCAGCUUGAGAUCUUCCACUCUGUGAUGUACAGAAACUACCAGAGGAAGACGGACAUGGACGAGCCGCCCAGCCUGGACUACGGGUCGGGUGGAGAGGACGAGAACGGAGUGGGGAAGAGCGAGAAGAGGAGGGCCAAGGACCCCCAGUACGCCAUACUGGAAGACAAGUACUACAAAUAUGGCAUCAAGCCGGAGUGGAUGAUGAUCCACCGCAUCAUCAACCACAGCGUGGAUAAGAAGGGGACGUACCACUACCUGGUCAAAUGGAGAGACCUGACCUAUGACCAGUGUACCUGGGAGAGAGACGACAUGGACAUCCCUGAAUUUGCAAUUUACAAGGGCAACUACUGGAGACACAGAGAUGCAAUAAUGAAGGAGGACCCAGACAAACCCAGGAGGAUGAGGAGCAAGAACCAGGAGGGUGAAGAGGAGUCUCCUGCCUCUCCGGUCACUGAUCCAACGAUAAAAUACGAGGAGCAGCCCGACUUUGUCACAUCGACGGGCGGGACGUUGCACCUGUACCAGCUGGAGGGUCUCAACUGGCUCCGGUUCUCCUGGGCUCAGGGCACUGACACCAUCCUGGCAGAUGAGAUGGGCCUCGGCAAAACCAUCCAGACCAUCGUCUUCCUCUACUCGCUCUUCAAAGAGGGCCACACUAAAGGUCCGUUCCUGGUCAGCGCUCCGCUCUCCACCAUCAUCAACUGGGAGAGGGAGUUUGAGAUGUGGGCGCCCGACUUCUACGUGGUGACGUACACGGGAGACAAGGACAGCCGGGCCAUCAUCAGAGAGAACGAGUUCUCCUUCGACGACACGGCCGUCAAAGGAGGGAAGAGGGCCUUCAAACUGAGGAGAGAGGCUCCUAUCAAGUUACACGUGCUGCUGACCUCCUACGAGUUGGUGACCAUCGACCAGACGGCACUCAAGUCCAUCGACUGGGCCUGUCUGGUGGUGGACGAGGCCCACCGCCUCAAAAACAACCAGUCCAAGUUUUUCCGGCGUCUGAACGACUAUAAGAUCGACCACAAGCUGCUGCUGACUGGAACUCCUCUACAAAACAACCUGGAGGAGCUGUUCCACCUGCUCAACUUCCUCACACCAAACCGCUUCAAUAACCUUGAAGGCUUCCUGGAAGAGUUUGCCGACAUCUCCAAGGAGGACCAGAUCAAGAAGCUCCACGACCUGCUGGGUCCUCACAUGCUGCGGAGGCUGAAGGCCGACGUCUUCAAGAACAUGCCAUCCAAGACCGAGCUGAUUGUCAGAGUGGAGCUGAGCCCCAUGCAGAAGAAAUACUACAAGCUGAUUCUGACCAAGAACUUUGAGGCUCUGAACUCAAAAGGUGGAGGAAACCAGGUAUCCCUGCUCAACAUCAUGAUGGACCUGAAGAAAUGCUGCAACCACCCCUACCUCUUCCCCGUCGCCUCCAUGAACAGAAGCCCAAAAACCCCAAACGGUGCUUACGAGGGGUCGGCCCUCACUAAGGCCUCUGGGAAAUUGACGCUGAUGCAGAAGAUGCUGAGGAAACUGAAAGAGCAGGGGCACCGAGUACUGGUCUUCUCACAGAUGACUAAAAUGCUGGAUUUACUGGAAGAUUUCCUGGACCAUGAAGGUUACAAGUACGAACGAAUCGAUGGAAGCGUCACAGGAGCGCUGAGACAAGAGGCCAUUGACCGCUUCAACGCUCCUGGUGCUUGUCAGUUCUGUUUCUUGCUCUCCACCAGAGCGGGAGGUUUAGGCAUCAACUUGGCCACGGCAGACACGGUCGUCAUCUUCGACUCGGACUGGAACCCUCACAACGACAUACAGGCGUUCAGUCGAGCCCAUAGAAUCGGUCAGGCCAACAAGGUGAUGAUCUACCGCUUCGUGACGCGGGCCAGCGUGGAGGAGCGCAUCACCCAGGUGGCCAAGAGGAAGAUGAUGCUGACCCACCUGGUGGUCCGGCCUGGUCUGGGAUCCAAAGCCGGCUCCAUGAGCAAACAGGAACUGGACGACAUCCUCAAGUUCGGAACAGAAGAGCUCUUCAAGGAUGAACUAGAACGCAUGAAGAGCAGUUCGGGGGGGGAUAAAAUCGAGGAUGAGGGCAGCGUGAUCCACUACGACAGCGUCGCCAUCGAGAGGCUGCUGGACCGGAGCCAAGACGCCACGGACGACUCGGAGGUCCAGAACAUGAACGAGUACCUCAGCUCCUUUAAAGUGGCCCAGUACAUGGUCCGAGAGGAGGAUAAGAUCGAGGAGAUCGAGCGGGAGAUCAUCAAGCAGGAGGAGAACGUGGAUCCGGAUUAUUGGGAGAAGCUGUUGCGGCACCACUACGAGCAGCAACAGGAGGACCUGGCAAGCAAACUGGGCAAAGGCAAGAGGAACCGCAAGCCCGUCAACUACAACGACGCCGCACAGGAAGACCAAGAGUGGCAUGCUGACAUUUCAGAUAACCAGUCCGAGUAUUCAGUGGGCUCCGAGGAGGAGGACGAAGACUUUGACGAUCGGCCAGAAGGUCGAAGGCAGUCUCGUCGCCAGUUGAGGAAUGAGAAGGAUAAACCUCUGCCUCCCCUUCUGGCCAGAGUCGGAGGCAACCUUGAGGUUCUGGGAUUCAACACACGCCAGAGAAAGGCUUUCCUGAACGCAGUGAUGCGCUGGGGGAUGCCGUCCCAGGACGCUUUCUCCUCUCAGUGGCUGGUCAGAGACCUCAGGGGCAAAAGCGAGAAAGAGUUCAAAGCUUACGUGUCUCUCUUCAUGCGUCACUUGUGCGAGCCGGUGGCUGACGGAGCGGAGACGUUCGCAGACGGCGUGCCGAGGGAGGGCCUGUGUCGCCAGCCAGUCCUCACGCGCAUCGGAGUCAUGUCGCUGGUCAAGAAGAAGAUCCAGGAGUUUGAGCACAUCAACGGGCGGUGGAGUCUUCCAGAGCUCAAGCCGGAGGUCAUCAUAGACAAGUCCUCCUCCAGGGCCUCCUCUCCUGCUCCUGCCGUGAAGACCACCACGCCCACCUCUGAGGGCAGCUACAACAACACACCCUGCACCUCCAAGCCAGCGACCCCUGCUCCGUCAGACAAGCUGGAAAAGAACGGGAAGGAGGGCGAGAAGGAGGAGGACAAAGAGGAAAGCGAUGCCCAGUCUGACAAAGAGAGAGAGAAGGAGAAAGAGAAGGAUGAGGAGAAAGAGGUGGACAGCAACACGACUGCAUACCCUGAAGAGCUUUCCUCUUCGACAAAAGCCACAUCCCAAAACGUGUCCCCUAGUCACAGAAACGAAGGCAAAGAGGACAGCGACCUGAAAGAGGAGGAGAAAAAAGAAACGACUGACACUCCGGACGACACAUCAGAGGAGAAGAAAGAACAAGAGGAGAGUAAAGAAGAGACGAAACAAGACGCCGAGGUCAAAGAAGAGACAUCAGGAGAAAAGCCGGAUGAGGGGGAGGAGAAGGAAAAAGAAAAGCAAGAAGAGACACAAACAGCAACUGAAGCAACAGAUGCCAAGGAUAAGACAGAGGUGUCUGACGUGAAGAAAGAGGAGGUCAAAGGUGAAAAAGAUUUUGCUGGGAAAGAAAUCAGAGCAGCCAAAGAGGAUGCGCCCAAGAGUAACGUGAGGCCUCCCAUCGAGCGACCUCGCUUCAUGUUCAACAUCGCAGAUGGCGGCUUCACCGAGCUGCACACUCUCUGGCAGAACGAGGAGCGGGCUGCCAUCUCCUCGGGGAAGAUGAACGAGAUCUGGCACCGGAGGCACGACUUCUGGCUGCUGGCGGGAAUCGUGAUUCACGGCUACGCCCGGUGGCAGGACAUCCAGAACGACCCCCAGUUCGCCAUCGUCAACGAGCCUUUCAAAUCGCAGGCGAAUAAAGGCAACUUCCUGGAGAUGAAGAACAAGUUCUUGGCUCGACGCUUCAAGCUGUUGGAGCAGGCGCUGGUGAUUGAGGAGCAGUUGCGACGGGCCGCCUACCUGAACAUGACCCAGGACCCCAGCCACCCGGCCAUGGCGCUCAAUGCACGCUUCACAGAGGUGGAGUGCCUCGCCGAGUCGCACCAGCACCUAAGCAAGGAGUCACUGGCGGGCAACAAGCCAGCCAACGCUGUCCUGCACAAAGUGUUGAACCAGCUGGAGGAGCUGCUGAGUGACAUGAAGGCCGACGUGACCCGGCUACCGGCCACGCUGUCCAGAGUCCCGCCCAUCGCCGCCCGCCUCCAAAUGUCCGAGAGGAGCAUACUCAGCCGACUGGCCAGCAAGGGCACCGAGACGCACACACUCCCGCCCAUACCUCCAGGACCCUACGCCACCCCCCACAACUACGGAGCCCCUUUUACCCCCGCACCCCCGAGCGCCCUACUUAUGGGAGGGGCCAACUACAGUCACAUGACGCCCGGAUCCUUCAUAUCAGAAGCCGCCGCCGCUGCUGGGGCCACCGGGGGAGCUGCUUGGGGAGCCGCCGGAGGGCCAAACGCUGCUUGCCAGAAGACCAAGGAGCACGACGUGGGGCAGCGGCAGCGGGUGGUGGACCUUUGGAAGGACGGCAAGUCCGAGGGGGCCAUCGGGCUGGAGCUGAGGAUGCCCAAGUCCACGGUGCACAGCAUCAUCGUCAAGUACCGCCUCAGCAACACGGUGGAGAACCUGCCGCGCAACGGCCGACCAAAGAAACCAUGAGGGGGGAGGAUGAGAGGACAUUUGGAUAAAACAUCCAGGAAUGUAACAAAAAUGGAGACUAAGGAGAGACGAAUGCCUGGGAAAGAAGUCCAAAAAAAGUACCCCAAAGACAGAGCACUUUGACACUGCUGGAUUGUGAGGAAUAGAAAGGGAGAAGCAAAGCUCACUGGAUGGAAUCAAAUAAAGACGGGAGGCUAAAAGGGAGAGGACCUGAAAAAGUGAAAAGAUGUGGCGACACUUGAAAGAAAACAAGCAAUCAACUGCAGAGAGGGAGAGAGAGAGAGAGAGGGUCAAAAUGAGAAGGGAGAGAGGUGAAAAGCUGGCUCUGAGAUCAAGCACUAAUGAUGCGUGGGGGGGGGAGGCAGAGAGACAGAAAAAAAAGGGGAGAGAUGACCUGUCUGGAACAAACAAAUCCUUGAGUAAAGAGAAAUGGCACUACUGGAAGAAAGAAAAGCCCAAAAAUCUGACUUUGAGGCGAAAGAUGUCUGGACAGAAGGAUGGAAAAAAAUAAAAAGACAGUAUGGUAAUGCAAUCACAGGUUUUCAGGAAUUCAGAUAUGAAGGCCGAAAUGGAGAAAAAUGCAGAACAAAGAAGGAUUUUUUCCUUUUUUUCUAAAACGCCUCAGACAGAUUUUCUCGAGACUUUUCUUUUUCUGUUUCUCCCUCUGCCGCGAAAAAAAAGAUUUCCCCCGGAUCAAUUCUUCAUCCGCUGGCUGACUGAACAAGCCUGUCCCCUCGCUCUGACCCUGUACUCCCUCAUUCCUCCACAGCCCUCCACUCCUCCGUCUCUCUCUCUCCGUCUCACACAUACACACACAUAAAUAAAUAUAUAUAUAUAUAUAUAUAUACAUACAGCUAUAUACACUGUGGACCUCACACACAACCAGAAAACCUGCAAAGAACUUAAUUUAUCUGCCUAGGGCAGGCAGAUUAAAUCCUAACUCAAAAUAGAAAGGGAUGAACUCAGAUUAUUUUAGAUUAGAUAGAUUAUCUAUGACAUGAAAAAAUGAAGGGAAAAAGAGAGUUUUCUAAGUAUAAAACACUUCCCAUGGGCUCUUUUGCUCUAGCAUUCCUGAGUCCGACCAAGCAGAUAUAAAAAACGUAGACGUUGCCUUUGUCCAACAGUCAGUAGCAACGUUGCUCUGACCCAACUGAGAAAUGUACUGUAUUAAAAAGCAUAUUUACUAUUGCACCUUUUUUUUGUGGGGGGGUUCACUUAAAGGGGAAUAUCACUCCACUUAUCACAAUAUCACAUGCCUCAUCGCCGCAAAAAGAAAUAUCUGUAUUUACGAGUUGCUCUGCCCAAAGCUAAAGACCGUAAUCUGUCAUCGGAAGAAAAAAAGGGAGACUCACUUUGAAGCUCGAGGAGACAUUUUUAAGUUCCUCGACCUUCUUUAUUGUGACACUGUGAUGGAUUCCACGCUGGAAAAUGUCCCCCGAUCCCCGAGAAAAUAAAACACUCUGGACUGUGUCAUCGUUUUUCCAGCUCAGUGUGACAUCCCAGACUAAAGAGCAGGGGCAAACCUCUCCGCCUCGUUUCUGGAAGGAAGAGAGGUGAACAAUCAGUUUCACAGUUCAAGUAUUUCCCGGGCGUAUGAGUAUUUUUAAGCUAAAAUGGAGUGGUAUUUCCCUUUAAGCUGAAAGCACAUAAAGACCAGAGAAGUGUGGCAGCGGUGCGGCCUGCAAUGAGAACUGUACUGUUUGUGUGAAGGUUGAGGAAUACUGUAUAUGUGUGAAUGUGGUUUUUUUUGUGCACAUUUGGACAUUUGUUUGUGUGCAUGGUAGCAUUUUUUAUAUCAAAACUAGAUUUCGUUUAAAAUGUUAAAUAUUGGUGCGGAUAUAGGAAAAUAACAAUGUUGUUCACAAAACAAUAUUUGACUUUUCUCCUAACACACAGCAACCGUACCAGAAUUUGACUGAAAUAUGUUACAGGGACGUUGAAGAAGCAGCAUCUGUAGUGACGUGUCUCUGUGUUAUCGGGGGCCAACAAUUUCUAACUCAACUUAAAUUAUAAUAUUCUUAAAUUGCGUCCAAUUUUCAUAUGUUAUGUGAAAGGCACAUGCGGUGUGAAACCCACCGAGAUUUAAUUACACAACUCGCGGUUCCUCUCAGCUUUACAGAACGUUCUAUCAUCUUUCCGCUCAGUGUUUCGGUUCUACGCUCCGUAAUUCCACUGUUUCGGGUUCAGUCACUACGGUCUCAUCAACAUCGUAAACCAGCUGCAGGCAGCUGUUUUUUAGUGAAAAGGCUCGAAUACAUCCACUGUAACCUACCUGUCCAGCACCAAAGACACAGACAGACAAAGUUAGCGGCUAGCUGGUGAACAUAGUGGAGCAUUUAGCAGCUAACGAACCAGAAAAUUCCUUCAGGUGUUGGUGGAGACCAAAAACAGAGCUAAAAUGAGAGAACUCGCACCCAGUGUCACGAACACGAUUCCAAAUGAGUGAUGAUGUUGCUCCCUGUCUGCUGGCAGCACACAUUAGUCAAUUAUUAUUAAUAAUACGAUAUGUCAAUGGUGCACUGCCCUUAAAAAAUCAAUUGACCAAGAUUUAAAACGUCACUGUUUUCAAUACUCGCAUCAGGAGAUGAAAUACCCAGUCUUAAAAGAAAACACUCAUUUUACACGCACACAGAGGAGAACAGACAUGCAUACAAUUUUUUUAAUUUAACGUGAAAUCCUCGAUUGAUUUCUUCCAAACUCUUGCAACACAUGGAUUUAUGCACCUCUUUUAAAGUCUCGGUUUGGCAGACUUUUGAUUCCAAAGUCAAACUUUUUAGUCCCUGAACAAUUGACAGUACAGAGGCAGAAGGUUGUUCCUGAUGAAAGCUCUUGGCAAAGAUGCACUCACGCAAAGCUUCUCAGCGAGCAAAAAAAACCUGCGUUACCUGCCAAGAUGGCAGCGUUCACUUCUAUCAGAUAGUAGCAGGACCUACAGGGAGAGACUCGAUGGCCAGGAAUGUUUUUAUUGCCUUACUGAGAUGCUCCAACCAGUGAAGUCCUAGAGUUUCAGGCAGAGUAGAUUAAUAUGUUUUAGGAAUUCCUUAAGAUAAUGUCCAGGUGUUGGCUGUGGGAUUUAUCAUAUUUUUACUGUUUCAGCAAAUAUCACUGCCAACCUCUUCAUUUAUGUGUUCAACAAUGAGUGCUGCUACUCUGAAGUGGAGGGAUCUGUAUGAAGAAAGAGAUAGAGGAUUUUGGAUGGACAGAUGUGAAUUAUUGCAGAGUGAAUACUGCGUCGCAGAGGAGUUCUGUUAUCUGGCGUAAUAGUGUCUCAUUGGUUUCCUCUUCCUGUUUUAUCUUCACGGCUUCUUUAACUUGUAUAGCUUUUAUGUUGAGCCCAAGACAUUCAGGAUUCUUGCGAGGGUAAUACCCCUAUAGAUAUUCAAAGUUGUUUAAAUACUACAUCAAACACUCUUUAAGCUACAAGCUACUCCUUCAGAACAGCCACAGAAGAGCAACUGGUUAACCAGUGAACAUUAUUAUUUAUUUUUUAUGCUUUCGGUUGGAAUGCAUUAUAUUUCCAUGGCCGUCUGUCCUUCUGUCCAAUUCUCGUGAACAAAUUAUGUCUCUCAAAUUUGUAAUGAAACUAAACGAUGAAGUGAUGACGUUUUCGGACAGACAUGGAUGUAAACUGCAACUUUACGAGGCGGAACUUUCUUAAUUCGAUUUUUGACCAUUAUGAUCUGAUUAUGAUCUAAAUAUAUACUGAUCGGGAUAUUUUACAGUUGAAAAAAAUGUACUUAUAAGCGCUCUCUGGUGGACAAAGUAUGUAAUCACAUCUUUUUGCAUUUCUGCACUUUCUUGCCGUUUUAGUGGCCAUGGCGACGCAUCGGACAGGCUCUAUUUUCUCGUCCUCUCCCCUUCCAGAGCUCUCUGCCGUUUUGUUUUUUCCAUCUCAUCAUCCUUCUCUCUUCCACAUCUAUGUCUUCUUCCUUUUUUUCCCCCGCUCUACUCCCGUAAUUCCUCGUGCUCUUUCACCCAGUCUUUACCUCGAUUUGUUUUGCUUCUUAUCAGAUUUUGUCCGCCCACACACACACACACACACACACACACACACACACACACACACACACACACACACACACACACACACACACACACACACACACACACACACACAGCCACUGACUCUGUCUCUGUCUCUCUACUUUCUCUUCCCCUCUGUUGGCCUCCACUGGCAAAAUGCCACAAGCUUCCCCAUAAGUGCCCCCUCUGGUUCAAGAGACACACACACAUAGUCUUCAGCUCAAUACACUCCUUAUCACAGCUUUGAUCUGCAUGGGGGUGUUAUGACAAUUUAUCUUUCCCUUUGGCGCAAGAGAGAGAAGUGCGCUGUCGGUCUAUUCCUGGCUUUGUUUUGAAAGGAGCGCUAAACUCGCCGUUGCACUCCCCGAGCAGAUUCAUGAUAGCGCACAAAUGUGGGAGCCGCAGAUCCCUACGGCUGGCAGGCUGUGCAGUCGCAUACAACCAAGUUCAUUACCAUGAAUGUCUGCGUUUGUGUGUCUGUGACCUCAUGUGCCUGUCUGUGUGUGUGUGUGUGUGUGUGUGUGUGUGUGUGUGUGUGUGUUACUCAUGCAGGCCUCACUUUCUCCUGGUUAACAGUUAUGCAUUCUGGGUUUUAUCAUUAUUGUAAACAGGAUUACUGUAUAUGUAAUAUGAAAUAUUGAUUAACUGUAUUAUGCAAG